GUCGAAUUUAGAAGGCUUUGGAAAGCCACUCCAGUUCUCCUUUAUCCGACACCGACUUCUUCAAGCCAAACCCCACUCCCUCGUCCCAAAGCGAUGACGAAAGCCGAGAAGGGCUCGCCGAAGGACAUUGCCAACCGCAUCAAGGCCAAGGGUCUGCAGCGGCUCCGCUGGUACUGCCAGAUGUGCCAGAAGCAAUGCCGCGACGAGAAUGGAUUCAAAUGCCACACGCUGACGGAUGGCCACAAGCGCAUGAUGCAAGUAUUCUCAGACAAUUCGAGCUCGAUUCUUGACAAUUACUCUCGAGACUUUGAAAAGACCGUGCUGGAAAUGGUCGCGCGACGCUUUGGCACAAAACGCGUGCUCGCAAACGUCGUGUACAACGAGUACAUCCAGGACCGCCAUCACGUUCACAUGAAUGCCACCAUUUGGGAGACACUGACGGACUUUGUCAUGUAUCUCGGCAAAACCAACAAGUGCAACAUUGACCACACGGAGCGAGGCUGGUACAUUGCGUACAUUGACCGCAGUCCCGAGGCCUUGCGCCGGGCCGAGGAAGCCGAGCGAAAAGAAAAGAUGGAAAUGGACGACGAAGACCGAUCUCAGCGACACAUUGAAAAGCAAAUGCAGCGCGCCAGAGAACUGGCAGACGCAGCCCAGGCCAAGCGCGAGAGUGAAAUUGCCGCAAAUCCAGACAGCACGUCCGCCGAGCCGGCGGAAAUCGAUCCUGAAAAGCUCAAAUUUUCAUUUGCUCCGAUUGCCGCCCCAGCAGCCAAGACAGCAUCCCUGUCCGAGCUCCUGAAGGGCGGCAGUAGUGACGCCAGCAGCAGAAAUGGCGCGUCGUCGGCGUCCUCCUUUUCGAAUGUUUUCGCAACGUCCGACAGUUCGAGUUCAAGUCGGAAAGAGUCUUCGAACGGAUCAUCCUCAUCCUCCUCCUCCUCUUCGGGCGCGCAGAAGCGAAAGAUUUCUGCUCUCGAUGAGAUCAUGGCGGCCGAACAAGAGGCCAAGCAGCACAACAAGAGCGCGCGCAUCGAGAACUGGAUUGUGGUUGGCCUCGUUGUGCGCAUCAUCAACAAGUCGCUGAGCAAUGGCCAGUACUACAAGCAGAAGGGCAUCGUUGUUGCAGUCUCCAACAAGUUUGUCGCGGACGUCCAGGUUCUUGACUCGGAUGAUGUUUUGCGGCUCGAUCAGGAGCAUCUCGAAACUGUGCUUCCCGCUCUUGAUCAAUCCGUCUACAUUGUGAACGGCCAGUAUCGUGGCGGUAUUGCGCGCAUGUUGGAGCUCAUUCCAGACAAGUACCGCGCCCGCGUCCGAAUCGAAUCUGGCUCCAACAGCGGCCGCACGAUCGAAGCCGACUACGAGGAUGUUUGCAAGUUUGAUCCCACGGUGCUGUUGCGUAGCACCUCGUCCUCCUCUUCCUCUCAUUCGAGUUCAUCUCGUUACGCAUGACCCGCAGCUAUACUAACUCUGCGAGGUCCAGCGUUUGGGUUUGAGUUGUUCGGAGUUGUUUGGAGGUGUAUUUGUUUCUUCCAAUGAACAAGCUUUUGAUGUCCC